UCCUCUACCGUCAUCACUAACAUUUCUCUCUCUCUCUUUAAAUUUCUCGGUCUACUUCUUGCUUCAAAAGCACAGAGAAAAACUCCAAAUAUCUAAAGAAACUCGGUGAAAAUAAUCAAUUAAAGGAAAACAAAAGAUGGUGAUCUUGACGAUUACAUUUCAUGUAGGAAUUCUCUAACAACCCACCAUUUUCUCUUCUUGACUCCCUCAAUCCUCCACCCCACCCCCACCCACCCUCGUUUCAUUUCAUGUGCUCAGACGUUGAGCAGUCUUCAUGCGUGAGAAUGUCAAGUGCAGAGUAUUUUCUCGUCAAAGAAGAGCCAAAGGAGAUUAAACUCGACAUUCUUUCAGAAUCUAAGGUGGACGAUCCAGAUUAUUCACAAGAUAUUGUGUCAGAUGGUGGUCAAGUUAAUGUAACAAAACAAGAUGAUCAAGAUACUCAUCACAAAGAUGAAGAAGAAGAGGUUAAGGCAAUAUUUUCUUCUCGAGAAUCUAAAAAGCCAUGUUUAGCACAGUCCGAGGUAGAAGAAUAUGAUGAAGGGUUCAAAACGCCGACGUCUUCGGAUCACAAAAUCCCAGUGGUCAAGCAGUGCCCGCCAGCACCAAGAAAAACCAGAUCAUCUACGAAAAGAAAAUUAUCGCCAUCAAGAAUUCGUAGGCGCCUCCAGCUUGAUGUGUCGGCCGAGAUCGAAUCAAUGUUCCCUCCAAGGCCUCGAGAUGAUAAUGAACACAAAAUCAAGAAAGCUCGAAGCAAUGAUGAUGAAUAAAUGUUUACGACACCUCUCUCUCUAUACAGUAAGAUUAUUUAUUCUAAAAAAUAAUGAGGUUCUUUUUCUUAAUGUUCAUGGUUUUCUUGACUAUAUAUAUUGAAAAUAUAAACAUAUUUUUACUUCAAAGAAUUCAUUUAA